AAGGCGCCUGGGUCAUCUUUCUGCAAUUUGUAGCUCGGUAUGUAACAUUUCAUUACCAUGUCCGUUGUUUCAUUGUGAUUCAUCUGAUAGUGAGCAUCUGACGCUUCCAAUGACGUACUCCAUACUGUCACAACAAACGCAGCAGACGCUGACACGCUUUGUGGACAUCGAAAUUUACCGAAGUACGGCAAUGACCAAUCACGUGACAAAAUUGUCGGCGACCGAUCAGAGCUUGCGAGACAAAGACGCAAUGUCCUGCUACUCAGUCUAUCUUGUAACACUUCCCUCUCAUUGGCUCUGAGCUCUAAGCUCUCGAAUAUACCAGAUGCGUCAAGAGCUCCUGGAAUCUUCGGGGUUCGAACGUGCCACCGGUCGCUGGACGUUUCCAGAAUGGGUUUCCUUUCCAAAUGGCAACAUCCGCAUACGACACGCACCCCUAAGUACGUACGUCAUACGUCGGCGUUGAGUGCGAACGCGAUGAUCUGUAACCAAAUGCACAUCGAUAUGCAAUCUAAGCGCAUUCGCAAUCAGAUAAAACGCUUGGCCACUGAUAUACAUAGUAUGUAUGUAUAAUACGUUUGGCGCUUUGGGCGAUGAAUCGCUUCGGGCAUGCGCACUACCGGCCGAUGCAACGACGCCGGGCGUCGAAUUUACCAGAUGCGCCCGGAGCACCCGAAAACCCGAGAAUCGUCUUUGAUCGUGCGUGCGUAUACCUUCGAUUAUAUUGCGCACCGGGUGAAAAGCGGUCUACCUAUUCGCAAUCGACGCCAUAAUGUAAUUACGGGUGCAUGUAGCCAUCUGAAAACGAAACCUGUUCCGCAAACGUCGGGCGGCAGGUAGAAGGUUCGAGCAGGUUCGAGCUCCGAAGCACCCCGAAGAUUCCGGGCGCUCCGGACGCAUCUGGUAAAAUCGACGCUCGACGUCGUCGCAUCGGCCGGCAGUGCGCCUGCUCCGAGCGGAGCCAUUGCUGGAAAGUUCGCGCGGCGUCGAGAGAUCCGAGCGGGAAUAUAAAUAGGUGCGAGCGCGCGGAUCACGUCAGUAUUCAAACGAAAGCCAAGCGAAACACAAGUACGAGAAGCAAAGUUGAACGAGAUUCGAGAGACGAUCUCUAACGUUGCAAAGCGAACAAACGAAUUGGAAAGUUUAAGGACAGACGUAAAUCAGCGUAGAACGAGUGAAAUAAUAAGAUCACAUUGUGAAAUAAGCAGCGACAGAAUAAUAGAAAUGCCCGCAAUUGGAAUCGAUUUGGGAACAACCUACUCCUGCGUCGGGGUCUGGCAGCAGGGAAAGGUCGAAAUCAUAGCCAACGACCAAGGGAACAGAACGACCCCCAGCUACGUCGCGUUCACGGACACCGAGCGACUGAUCGGAGAUGCUGCCAAGAACCAGGUGGCGAUGAACCCCUCGAACACGGUGUUCGACGCCAAGCGACUCAUCGGGCGGCGAUUCGACGACCCCAAAGUCCAGGCCGACGCCAAGCACUGGCCUUUCCGGGUCGUCGACGAAGCCGGCAAACCGAAGAUCCAAGUGGAAUUCCGCGGCGAGACGAAACGUUUCAACCCGGAGGAGAUCAGCUCCAUGGUGCUGACGAAGAUGAAGGAGACGGCGGAGGCCUACCUGGGACAAAAGGUCAGAGACGCGGUGGUCACGGUACCCGCCUAUUUCAACGACUCGCAGAGGCAGGCGACGAAGGACGCCGGCGCCAUCGCCGGGCUCAACGUCCUCAGGAUCAUCAACGAACCGACCGCCGCCGCCCUCGCCUACGGCCUCGACAAAAAUCUCAAAGGCGAGCGCAACGUCCUGAUCUUCGAUCUCGGCGGCGGCACCUUCGACGUGUCGAUUCUGUCGAUCGACGAGGGUUCGCUCUUCGAGGUCAGGGCGACCGCCGGCGACACCCACCUCGGUGGCGAAGACUUCGACUCACGGCUCGUCGACCACUUCGCCGCGGAGUUUGAGCGCAAGUACAGGAAGAAUCUCAGAAAGAAUCCGCGCGCCGUUCGCCGGCUGCGCACCGCCGCGGAAAGAGCCAAGCGAACGCUUUCCUCCAGUACCGAGGCGAGCGUAGAGAUCGACGCCCUCUUCGAGGGAAUCGACUUUUACACAAAAGUGUCGAGAGCCCGAUUCGAGGAACUUUGCGCCGACCUCUUCCGAGGAACACUCGCUCCGGUCGAGAAGGCGUUAGCCGACGCGAAGAUGGACAAGGGGGCGAUCCACGACAUCGUCCUCGUCGGGGGUUCGACGCGUAUCCCCAAGAUCCAGAGCCUGCUGCAGAACUUCUUCUGCGGCAAGCAGCUCAAUCUAUCCAUAAACCCCGACGAGGCGGUGGCCUACGGAGCCGCGGUGCAAGCGGCCAUCCUGAGCGGCGAGGGCGACACCUGCUCGAAACUACAGGACGUACUGCUCGUCGACGUCGCGCCGCUCUCCCUCGGCAUCGAGACCGCCGGCGGGGUAAUGACCAACAUAAUCGAGCGCAACGCCCGCAUCCCCUGCAAACAGACGCAAACGUUCACCACCUACGCCGACAAUCAACCCGGCGUCUCCGUCCAGGUCUUCGAGGGCGAACGAGCGAUGACCAAGGACAACAACCUCCUGGGACGAUUCGAACUGAGCGGCAUCGCCCCCGCGCCACGCGGCCUCCCUAAGAUCGAGGUCACCUUCGACCUGGACGCCAACGGGAUUCUCCACGUGACCGCCAAGGACACGGCCAGCGGACGCAGCAGCGACGUGCGCAUCACCAACGACAAGGGUCGCCUCUCCCGCGAAGAGAUCGACCGCAUGCUGGCGGAGGCCGACCGGUACAAAGAGCAGGACCGGGAGCAACGGGAACGGGUCGCCGCGAGGAACGAACUCGAGGGCUACGUCUUCACCGUGAAACAGGCGUUGCAAGAGCACGCCGAGCGACUCCCGCAGGAGGACAGGGAGGCGGUCGCCACCCUCUGCGAGGAGACCGUCCGUUGGCUGGACAACAACUCUCUCGCCGAAAAGGACGAGUACCGAGACAAAUUGGAGGCGCUCCAGAAGCGGUGCUCCGCGGUGAUGGCCAAACUUCACCAAGGAGCUGGCAACGCCGCACCCGGGGCUCAGGACUGCGGAGCCCAGUUCAGGCAGGCGGGAGGAAACCACUCCGGACCCACCGUCGAAGAGGUCGACUAAAGUCGAGCCGCGCUAUACCCGUACCCGAAGUAUUGAUGAUUUGUUCCUACCGAUGACAUCGCCGUCACCGGUGAUUGUACAUAAAUAAAUGUAAAAAUAGUGCAGCGCAUUUAUUGUAAACAGCUUAGACCUAAGAUUAAUUUAUUAACUGACGGAUGACUGAUGCCGAAUGUAUGCGUGUGAGACGUUUCCAUGGUACGUGAAUAAACGAACAAAAUGUAUACUUUUUAUAA